AACAUAAGCACCUCUCUCCCUUCAGUGUAUUGAACCAAACUCACAAACACAUCAAAAGCAAUUCUCUUUUUCUGCUCUUACAAUUACAUUACAGUUCGUUUCUUGUUGAAGUUUGUUGAAAUUUGCGUAACUCAUCAUGAAUCCUGAAAAAUUUACACACAAGACAAAUGAGGCACUUGCUGAGGCACAUGAACUAGCUACAUCUGCAGGGCAUGCUCAAAUAACACCGUUGCAUAUGGCUGUAUCUUUAAUUUCUGAUCACCAUGGUAUUUUCCGACAAGCAAUUGCUAAUGCUGCUGGUAGUGAAGAAUCAGCUAAUGCAGUUGAAAGGGUGUUCAAUCAAGCUAAAAAGAAAAUACCUUCACAAACACCAGCACCUGAUGAAGUUCCAGCAAGCACUUCACUGAUAAAAGUUCUCCGCCGAGCUCAAUCGUUGCAGAAAUCGCGCGGUGAUAGCCAUUUGGCGGUUGAUUUGUUGAUUUUAGGCCUUCUUGAAGAUUCCCAAAUUGUUGAUCUUUUGAAAGAAGCUGGUCUUAGUGCAGCAAGAGUGAAAUCUGAAGUUGAGAAACUUAGAGGAAAGGAAGGAAAGAAAGUGGAAAGUGCUACUGGGGACACUACAUUUCAAGCACUUAAGACUUAUGGUCGUGAUCUUGUGGAGCAAGCAGGGAAACUUGAUCCUGUGAUUGGUAGGGAUGAAGAAAUCCGAAGAGUUAUUAGGAUUUUAUCGAGGAGGACGAAGAAUAACCCCGUGCUUAUUGGAGAACCCGGUGUUGGUAAAACAGCAGUAGUUGAGGGGUUGGCACAAAGGAUCGUUCGAGGCGAUGUUCCGAGUAAUUUGGCUGAUGUUAGGGUUAUAGCAUUGGAUAUGGGAGCUUUAGUUGCUGGAGCAAAAUACAGAGGUGAAUUUGAAGAAAGGUUGAAGGCUGUUUUGAAGGAAGUGGAAGAAGCAGAAGGGAAAGUGAUUCUCUUUAUUGAUGAGAUACAUUUGGUGUUAGGUGCUGGUAGGACUGAAGGGUCAAUGGAUGCUGCUAAUUUGUUUAAGCCAAUGCUUGCUAGGGGACAAUUAAGGUGUAUUGGUGCAACAACUUUGGAAGAGUAUAGGAAGUAUGUGGAAAAAGAUGCUGCAUUCGAGAGGCGUUUCCAGCAGGUUUAUGUAGCGGAGCCUAGUGUUCCGGAUACUAUAAGUAUCCUAAGAGGGUUGAAGGAGAAGUAUGAAGGUCAUCAUGGUGUGAAAAUUCAGGAUAGGGCUCUUGUUAUUGCAGCCCAGCUUUCGUCUCGAUACAUCACAGGUCGACAUUUGCCAGAUAAAGCCAUUGACCUGGUUGAUGAGGCUUGUGCAAAUGUGAGAGUUCAACUUGAUAGUCAACCAGAAGAAAUUGAUAACCUUGAAAGGAAGAGGAUUCAGCUAGAAGUUGAACAUCAUGCUCUUGAAAAGGAAAAAGACAAAGCUAGCAAAGCUCGACUUGUUGAAGUUAAAAAAGAGCUUGAUGAUUUGAGGGACAAACUCCAGCCUUUGAUGAUGAGGUAUAAGAAAGAGAAGGAGCGGAUUGAUGAGCUUCGCAGGCUUAAGCAAAAGCGCGAUGAACUCAUGUAUGCUUUACAAGAAGCUGAAAGGAGAUAUGAUCUUGCUAGAGCAGCAGAUCUCAGAUAUGGUGCAAUCCAAGAAGUGGAAGCUGCAAUAACAAAGCUUGAAAGUACCUCAGAUGAGAGUACAAUGUUAACAGAGGCUGUGGGACCUGAUCAGAUCGCGGAAGUAGUUAGUCGCUGGACUGGUAUACCUGUCUCAAGGCUUGGUCAGAACGAGAAAGAGAAACUGAUUGGUCUCGCUGAUCGACUGCACCAUAGAGUAGUGGGACAAGAUCAUGCAGUUAGAGCUGUUGCUGAGGCUGUGUUAAGGUCUAGAGCUGGAUUAGGAAGGCCACAACAACCAACUGGUUCAUUCCUUUUCUUGGGCCCAACUGGUGUUGGAAAGACGGAACUUGCUAAAGCUCUUGCUGAGCAGCUCUUUGAUGAUGACAAAUUGAUGGUCAGAAUUGACAUGUCUGAAUACAUGGAACAACAUUCUGUUGCUCGGUUGAUUGGCGCUCCACCUGGUUAUGUUGGACAUGAGGAAGGAGGACAGCUUACUGAAGCUGUGAGGAGGCGCCCUUACAGUGUUGUGCUUUUUGACGAAGUGGAAAAAGCUCAUCCUACUGUGUUUAAUACCUUGCUUCAAGUGUUGGACGAUGGAAGGUUAACUGAUGGUCAAGGUCGUACUGUUGAUUUUACUAACAGUGUGAUCAUUAUGACUUCAAAUCUGGGAGCGGAAUAUCUUUUGUCAGGAUUAAUGGGCAAGUGCACCAUGGAGAAGGCUCGCGAAAUGGUCAUGCAGGAGGUGAGGAAGCAGUUUAAGCCUGAGUUAUUGAAUCGGCUUGAUGAGAUUGUUGUGUUUGAUCCUUUGUCACACGAGCAGUUGAGACAAGUAUGCCGUCACCAGCUGAAAGAUGUGGCAGGCCGUUUAGCUGAGAGGGGUAUCGCCUUGGGCGUUACUGAGGCUGCGUUAGAUGUCAUACUUGCUCAAAGUUAUGAUCCGGUUUAUGGUGCAAGGCCUAUUAGGAGGUGGUUGGAGAAGAAAGUUGUAACGGAGUUAUCAAAGAUGCUUGUGAAGGAGGAAAUCGAUGAGAAUUCAACUGUGUACAUAGAUGCUGGAAUUGGUGGGAAAGAUCUAACUUACAGGGUGGAGAAAAAUGGAGGGCUUGUCAAUGCUGCUACUGGGAAAAAAUCUGAUGUGCUGAUUCAGCUCCCUAAUGGGCCAAGGAGUGAUGCUGCUCAAGCAGUGAAGAAAAUGAGGAUUGAAGAAAUAGUUGACGAAGAUGAUGAAAUGGAAGUUUAAAGUGGUUAGUCACUCGAUCAAAUGAACAUAUGACUACUUUUGUUGACCCCUUGCGGGGAAGUUCAGUUUUACUUCUUCAAGAAGUGAAUAAAUGUAGAUGCUCGCUAUCUUGUUGAAUGUUUUGUGUUUGCUUUAUGAAUGGAAUGUCUCAAUAGGAUUGUAAUCCUCUGUUUUUCUAAAUGUAAGUGUGGUUUUCUUUUA